CAUGGAUUUCCUCACUCUGUUUGCCGUCUACGUCCUGGUGGUGCUCACAUGUAUAGUUCUAGUCUGCAAGUACUCAGGUCAGCAACAAACCCCCUUUAGUGUCCUCUACAACUCUGUAGUAAAGACAGUUGCUCCGUUUACACCAAAAUGGCUCCAAAAGUUUUCGCAGAGGACAAUGCACAGACUGUUUCAUCAGAGGAACAACAUGUUCAUCUACCUGCACAUCCUACUGGAGGGAGCUGUGUAUGCAGAGUUCACCUAUGAGGUGUUUGGCUUCUGCAGGGAGAUGGACACCACUUUAAUCAGCCUCUCAGUGCCUUACGUCCUGCUCACCAUCAAGACUUUCUUCUUCUACCUCUGCAUCAGGAGAGAUCCAGGCACAGUGACACAAAAGAAAGUUGCUGGCCAGCUGCACAUCUAUCCAUAUGACAGGAGAUUGUUUCACCCGGGAGUCUCCUGUCCGACCUGCCAGCUUGUCAAACCAGCUCGCUCCAAACACUGCCGGGUCUGCAACAGGUGUGUCCACCGUUUCGACCACCACUGUGUCUGGGUGAAUAACUGCAUCGGUGCUCAGAAUACCCGCUACUUCCUGCUUUACCUCUUCAGUGUGUGUGCCAUGGCCGGUGACAUCGCCCUGCUAACAAUAGACAUGCUGCUUCAUGCUGUGCUGCGCUCAGGGCUUCUGAGGGCCAGUUAUAUAGAUGAGUACGGCCAGCAGCAGCCAGCAGGACCUCUGUUUGUUGUACAGCAUCUGUUCCUGACCUUCCCCCGAAUCGUCUUCAUGCUUGGCUUUCUGAUCUUUGUCUUCUUCCUCCUGGCCGGUUACGCUCUGUUCCAUUCCUUCCUGGCUCUUGUCAAUCAGACGUCCAAUGAGUGGUACAAAAGCCGAGGUUACGUUUGUCAGCACUGUCACCCGACUACUGCAGCUGACAAUCUUUGCAGCCCGGCCCCAGAUCACUCGAAGAGAUACUACUACAGUCGAGGACUGCUGCGAAACCUGGGAGAGAUUUUCUUCCCUCCAAAGCCUGUUCAGAAAAAAGACAACUGAAAAAAAGGUCUUCUCCUUUAUUCAUUGGUUAAGUGAAUAUCCCCUUGUCCACUACUUGCGAAAUAAAGUUUGGUGAUUUCUUUA